AUGUGGAUUCAUGUUGACUUUAAUGGCAUUCUUGGCUUCUCAGAAGAAGGUGAAGCGGGUCAGGACCAAAGGAAGAAACCUUGGGAACGUAUAGCCGAAACUGUGAUGCAAGAUUUAGUCUCUUCAUUCGAAGUUGUGAGGAGUGAGAUUAAGCGUCCGGGCUUGGAACAAAUAAAACCAAUGCUGGUUGCUAGAUUCGGGAAAAUUUUUUUUCGUGGGACUCCUCCAUUUCCGGAGGAAGCUUGUGGAGAUAUUGUUACAGAGACUUCAUUGAAACAGCUGACAAGAUUAUUUUACAGAAACCUUCCUUCCUCUUUUGUGGAAGAUGUGACUCCGAGAAUUAUCAAAGAGAUUGGCCUUAGUUUUGAAGAUGAGAAGGACAUAUAUCAUGUCCUGUUAUCUGACAAGUCCAGGCCAGAUGUGACCAUCCUCUGCAAAUGUAGUGUCAUUAAGGCAGAUCUGAGACUCAAACCCUAUAAGGUCGAAUUACAUCCGGUGCGACGCCUGGUAGUUGAUGUAUCGUGCCUCAAUAAAGAUCUGGAUAUGAGGUUGAUGUUGUUCAACAAGAGAAUCUUGACGGCUAUUAGUGAAAAUGAAAAGAACAGCAUUAGUGAUUUGAUUACUUCUGCAGUUUUAGAUUCUAAUGUUAAGUGGGGUUUAAGAUGGCCUAUGGGGAAGGCAUCUUUUGGAGAUAGAUAUGGCGUUGUUGGAAUGCGGCAUACAAUCACUAAGACUUAUAAGAACUCAUCCAUGAGGCUGAAAGCAAGACAUGCUGACCGAUUCGAGUUUGGGAUUCCCCAUGGAGAAGUUACUGAAGAAGUCGAACUAUAUUUCAAGGGAAUAAUUUCUGAAUUGCACGGACAGAGUCUGGGAACUGAUUCAAUCUCUGAUAUGGUUAAAGAUGCCGUAAAGAUGAUGUGGGAGCACUUCUUAUCUUGUGGAAAUCCGGUCGUUUGA